GUGAAUUCUCGCGAGAUCCCGGCGCUGGCGGUGAGGAAGGUGUCGCUCAGCCACGGGGGUUGUUGUGGUAACUGAGCUGCUGAGGAUUUAGGCUUAACGAACAUGUCGGAGACGGACCCAAAGACGGUGCAGGAUCUGACCGCUGUGGUUACCACAUUGCUCCAACAGAUGCAGGACAAAUUUCAGACAAUGUCUGACCAGAUCAUUGGUAGAAUUGAUGAGAUGAGUGCUCGCAUCGAUGACCUAGAGAAAAACAUUGCUGACCUCAUGACACAAGCAGGAGUUGAAGAAAUAGAAGGAGGAGAAAACAAGGCUCCCAAGUAACUUGAAGAGGAUGGUGGAAGGUGUUUUCUUUACACCUAUUCAGCUUAUUUACUUAAUUCAAGAGUUUGUGCUGUGCUAAAUGCAUUUUUAUAUUGAAAAUAAUGGGUGUAUUAACAGCUGUAUUUGAAUUGUCUUUUGUAAGAAAAUGUAUUGCUUAAAAUUUAAUACACAUUCGGGAAUUGUAAAAUUGUUUAAAAAUUGGGUACCAGAUGUUAAAUUUUUCUAAGUGGAAGACAAUUUUGAUGUAGCUAAUUAAACUUCAUUCUCUGACAACAGAGAUAUUUUAAAUAUUUUUCAUUAAAUUAUUCACACAACACUGUUUUGAAAUUAAGUUGGUUGAAGAUCCAUUUGGAACUAUAUUUGUGCCAUUGUUAUGUUUUUUUCCAUUUGAUAUUUUCAGUAAAAGACCAUGAAGGCCCAAUUUUCUUCCUUUUGAUAUUGUGUAUAAGCCAGCCCAGUGUUGUCUCAUAGAAAAUACCAUAAUUGUAGGGCAACUCCUAUUGCUAAGCACGCAACGCACCUGUUACUACCCUAGUGAUGCAGUGAUGGAUUGCUCUUAAUGGUAAUGUACUUUGCGAGUGGUUUUGUAAGUUUAUUCUAAAUGUUGGCUUUACUGUCUUAUGAAUAAUUCUCAAGCAAGAUUGCUCUAAAAUGUGAGUGCCUGUGCUUAAAUUGUUAGUGGACACCAUAUAUUUUUCAAUGAGUUAAAAUACUGAGUUAGCAAUUAUAACCAACUUAAAGGUACUGACAUUUUAUUAGUAACAGGAUAUUCUAAAUGGUGAAGGGGUAGAAUUUUCACUAUUUGUCGAAAGUUACUUGUGAGAUUGUUACACAUGUAUGAAUCAUUUUUAAAAAAAGAAUUGUUUUUUUUGAAUGCAUUAAGCAUCUAUCUGCAAUAGAAAUUCUGGCAUAAUUUCGCUCAUGGGACUGAUCACUGUUAAUGUGGAUUUUUUUCAAAAUGGCCUAAACUGUUUAAUUGGAGCAAGUACAUUGAUUCAAUGAUCUCAUAAUACUUUGGUUAUUAAACAAUUGACCUUCUGUACUGCUAUGUACAUGUUAAAAUACAGUGUAUGUGUGUAAAAGUGUUCAUCAUUUAUUUUUACUACGUUGCUCCUGACUUCUUGUGCUUGGCACUCUACAAUGUGUUUGACUUUCUCUUGACAUUCUCUGUCAUAGCUCCAGCUAGUGUUUAAGCAGAAUGUUUGGAAAUUGUAAUAAAAUGUAUAAAUCAUUAGCCCAAGAGUCAGCCUAAUCUAAAGGUGAUGGAUACUCUGGUGUUGAUUUAUAUGGUAUUUCAGGUUA